AUGGCCAACUUGUCAACUUCCUGGAUCAAUAGUCUCGCCUAUGCAAAUGGAUCAAUCGCCCAGUUCCAGUUGUUUAUGAAUAAUUCACUGCCAUUUUCAGACACAUUCACUGCCAUACUUCAUAGAGGAAACUCUCGUCCAGAAUUUGUCAGUGGCUUCUAUUGCCAAGCAAAUAGUAGCACCGAAUGCAUCUUUGCUAUUCUUAUCUCCCCAGAAAAAAUUGAUGUGAGCAAUCAGAUCAUAGAUCACCCGCAGAUAAUCUGGUCUGCCAACCGAGACAACCCGGUCAAAAUCAAUGCCACACUGGAACUCACACAAGAUGGAGAUUUGGUCCUGGCAGACGUAGAUGGAACCUUGGUAUGGUCAACAAACACAAGUGGAAAACAUGUUUCAGGCUUAAACUUGACAGAAAUGGGAAACCUGGUGCUUUUUGAUACGAGUAAUGCAACGGUUUGGCAGUCAUUCGAUCACCCUACAGACUCGUUAGUUUUCGGGCAGACGCUGAAUCCCGGACAGACACUGACAGCUAGCGUAUCAACAUAUAAUUCCAGGCGAGGUAUGUACUCACUUGCAGUUGACAAUGGAAGUUUGAUUGCUUACAUAGAGUCCAACCCACCGCAGGUCUAUUUUGAUUCUGAAGAUUACUAUAUCGGGGACACUUUCGUCAAACUCGGGAAAGGAAGGUACAAAUUUAGUCUUGCAAAUACAACCCAAUUCAUAAAGUUGGAGCCUGAUGGACAUUUAAAGGUUUAUGCAUGGGGAGGAUCAAGUUGGGGACAAGAGCAAGAUCUCCUGACAAACGAUUUAUUCGGUGACUGCGGGUACCCUAUGGUGUGUGGAAAAUACGGCAUUUGUUCAGAUGGGCAGUGCAGUUGUUCUCAACAAACCGAUUUCUCGCAAAUUAAUUUUAGACAACCCAAUCUCGGAUGUUCCCUUAACAUACCUAUUUCUUGUGACUUUUCUCAAUAUCAUAAGCUUGUGGAGCUUAAGGAUAUUGAUUACUUUGUUUAUAGAUCAGACCUGAGGGAUGAGAUGAUGGAGCUAGAGGAUUGUAUGAAUACAUGCUUGAAAAACUGUACCUGUAAAGCUGCUGUUUUUGCAUAUAAUUCGGAUCCUCUACGGGGAGGUUGCCUGUUACUAUCUGAAGUCGUUUCUCUUAUAAACAUUCAAUCUUCAUUCCAUCUGCGUAAUUCCUCAAUGUUUGUUAAAGUGCAGACGAGUUCAUCAGGUAGUCUUCUUGCAAAAAAAUCAAGGGGAACCCCAUCAUUCAUACUGGGAGCUAGUCUCGGAGCUUUCAUUGGUGUGUUACUUAUGAUGGGGGCUUGCUUUUUCCUUGUAAGAAGGAUUACUACAUCCAAGGAGGUUGAGGAGGAUUAUUUGGACCAAGUACCAGGGAUGCCCACAAGAUUUGCAUACAAAAACUUGAAAGAUGUGACUGAAAACUUCAACAAAAAACUUGGGGAAGGAGGAUUCGGAUCGGUCUUUGAGUGGACUCUGAGCAAUGGCACCAAAGUAGCAGUGAAGCAUCUCAGUGCAUUGGGUCAAGUAAAGAAGUCAUUCUUAGCUGAAAUUGAGACAAUAGGUAGCAUUCACCAUGUCAACUUGGUGAGACUGAUUGGAUUUUGUGCUGAAAAGUCGUAUAGGCUUCUAGUUCAUGAGUACAUGUGUAAUGGAUCUUUGGAUAGAUGGAUUUUCAGAAGAAACCAAGAGGAUGCUCUAGGAUGGCAAUCAAGAAGGAAGAUCAUCUUAGACAUAGCCAAAGGAUUAGCCUAUCUCCACGAAGACUGUAGACAGAAGAUAUUUCACUUGGACAUCAAACCUCAAAACAUCCUAUUAGAUGAAAAUUUCAAUGCAAAAGUUUCUGAUUUUGGAUUGUCGAAAUUAAUUGACAAGGACCAAAGCCAAGUUGUCACAACAUUGAGAGGAACUCUAGGCUAUAUGGCACCUGAAUGGUUGGGCUCAAUUAUAACAGAGAAAGUAGAUGUCUACAGUUUUGGAGUCGUGGUCUUAGAAAUUGUGUGCGGGCGAAAAAAUUUGGAUCGAUUCCAGCCUGAGGAAGAUAAGCAUUUAUUAAGUCUUUUUCAAAGAAAAGCAAGAGGAGGACAACUUUCAGAUAUGGUUGACAAGUGCAGUGAGGAUAUGCAGUUGCACGGACCUGAGAUUGUGGAGACGAUGAGGCUAGCUGACUGGUGCUUACAAAGUGAUUUUAAGAGGAGGCCUUCCAUGUCAACUGUGGUUAAGGUCUUGGAGGGUUCUGCGGAUGUUGAAAGCGACUUGGAUUAUAGCUUUGUCGGUCAACAUUUAUCAAGAACAACUGCAACCGUUUAUGAAAAGGAGGACGUUGUUCGUGCUGCUACACCACUUCUGCCAUCAGUUUUAUCUGGACCAAGUGAGGACAUGCAGUUGCACGGACCUGAGAUUGUGAAGACGAUGAGGCUAGCUGCCUGGUGCUUACAAAGUGAUUUUAAGAGGAGGCCUUCCAUGUCAACUGUGUUUAAGGUCUUGGAGGGUUCUGCGGAUGUUGAAAGCGACUUGGAUUAUAGCUUUGUCGGUCAACAUUUAUCAAGAACAACUGCAACCGUUUAUGAAAAGGAGGACGUUGUUCGUGCUGCUACACCACUUCUGCCAUCAGUUUUAUCUGGACCAAGGUGA